AUGGCCCAGAUGCAGUGGUGGUGCUGGAAGAGGCUGCUCUGUGCCAUCCUCCUCCUCUCGCUCCUCCUCUGGUGUCUGCUGCUCCUCGCUGGGGACAGGCAGGAGAAGUGGUCAGCGGCCGGACGUUUCCUCCCGGCGCUGCGGGGGCAGCUCGUGGCGCAGCCCCGUAUUGGAGUCGUGCGAGGGGUUGACUUCGCCUCGCUGUUUGCGGGGCCCCAUGCCGCCCCGCGCUGCGCCCAUGGACAAGUGCUGCUCAUCCUGGUGACAUCCGCACCGGUCAAUGUGGAGGCCCGGCAUGUCAUCAGGAGGACCUGGGCUGCCCAGGAGGGACGGCCCACCAACCGGUGGCAGACGGUGUUCCUGGUGGGGCAGGCAGCCGAGGCGGAGGUGGCCCAGGACGUGCAGAGGGAACGGCAGGAGUUUGGGGACAUCCUGGUGGGGAACUACAAGGACACGUACCGCAACCUCACCCUGAAGGUCAUGCAUGGUUUGAAGUGGGCGUCUGAGCAGUGCCAGCCCUGCUACAUCCUCAAGACAGAUGAUGACUGCUUCGUGAACACGGAUCGCCUCCCUGCCUUCCUGGCUGAGCUCAACACAGUGAGGACGGGCCUCUAUGUGGGCUCCCUGUUCCCCCGGGAGAAGCGGCAGGUCAUCCGCGAGCCCUCCAGCAAGUGGUACGUGUCGCGGCAGGACUACCGCCCGGACGAGUACCCGCCCUACGCCAGCGGCAUCGGCUAUAUCCUCUCCCUGGAUGCGGCUGAGAAGAUCCUGGAGGCGGCGUGUUGUGUCCGCCCCAUCCCCGUGGAAGACGCCUACAUGGGCAUCUUGGCGGAGGAGGCGGGGAUCCGGGCGAAAGCCAGCGCCCGCUUUGCCAAGCACAACGCGCGAUGGCGCAUCUGCAACUACCGGUACCUGAUGGUGAUCCACCACCUGAGCCCACGGGAGCAGGAGGCGGCCUGGAGGAGCACGCUGCAGGCCCGCAGCGCCUGCCACGACAGCCUCGAGGUCACCCGGUGGAAGUGA